UAGGCACAGUUUAGCACACUGAUACAGCAUACCGUCGGCCCCGCUGUAGUAAGUGAUGCCGCACUAAGGAACACUUUCACCCAAACUCCUUUGGGGGACAGAACACUACCCAGGCUACAGUUCAUUUAUGUGUUAUUUUUUGUUGUUGCUGUAUAAUAACCUUUACAAAAAUGAAAACAGUGCUGUCAGAAUUGAAGUUUUCAGACAUCGUACCAAACUGUUUCCUUUUUGCGCGUUCUUGGAUGGAAGUUUAUGCUUUAACACAUGCUGAGUGAAACGAUCUUCCAUACAAGCGGUUUUCACCAUUUAUAUCAGGAGAAAACAUUUAAAACACACACACACACGUAGGGCUAGGGCUAUUUCAUGUGACUCAAUCAACUUGGACCAUCAGCAUCUCUCCUGCCGCCCGUAAUUGAACCACACUUAACUCAAGAUAUCUGAAGAGGAAUUACGUCGGCUCUUCGAGUUACAAAGUUAUUCUGCAAGCAAUGCUUUUUUUGCCUUUCGAAUGUGGACCAUAGACUUUUUAGGACAUGGAUCAUUUUCUGUAGCGGAUAACCCUAUUGAUUUGCGUUUUAUUUGAUUCCCGCUACCAGAACAGGAUCUUUUUCUCUCCCCUAUUCCACUUCAGUGUAAUUCUAUGGCACUUCUUCUAAAGCAGUGAUGUCGCUACGUGACGGGAAUUGCGAUUGAUUUGACAUAUUCUGUUUCAAAGGGAUAUAAGAGUUGCAUCCUUACAAGGAAAGCUCCCAUCCUCUAUGAUUAUGGACUUAGCAGGUCAGGCUCAUGUGUUGGUGGUGUUGCUCACCUGCCUGGUCAUGCUGUCCUUGGCCCAAGAGAAGGACUACACGGUGAGGGAGGAGCAGCCCGAGAACGUCCGCAUCGGGAACCUGCGGAAGGACUUGGACCUGAACCUUGACCCUGACUUCAAGCUGACCUCGCCACUGCAGUUUAAGCCUGUCUACAAAACGGGCGAUGUGCCUUUGGUGAGGGUAGAGGCCAACACCGGGGAGAUCUUCACCACGGCUCACCGCAUCGACCGCGAGAAGCUCUGCUCGGGAGUAUUCAACGAGAAGCGCUGCUUCUACGAGAUCGAGGUCGCCGUUCUGCCUGACGAGAUCUUCCGUCUGGUUAAGAUCCGGUUCCUGAUUGAGGACAUCAAUGACAACGCUCCACUCUUCCAGUCCACCGUAAUAAACAUCUCCAUCCCAGAGAACACAGCCAUCAACACCCGGUACCCCGUGCCCUCUGCAUUUGACCCAGAUGUGGGGAUCAAUGGGAUCCAACACUAUGAACUUGUCAAGAGUGUGAGUGAGUUUGGCCUGGACAUCAUCGAGACCCCAGAGGGAGACAGAUGGCCUCAGCUGAUCGUCCAGCAGAGCCUGGACCGCGAGCAGAAGGACACCUUCGUCAUGAAGAUCAAGGUGGAGGAUGGAGGAACGCCACCCAAGUCCAGCACGGCCAUCCUCCAGGUCACCAUCUCCGACGUCAACGACAAUCGACCGGUCUUCAAGGACAGUGAGGUGGAGGUGAACAUCCCUGAGAACGCCCCCAUAGGAACCUCCGUCACCCAACUCCACGCUACAGACGCAGACCUCGGCUCCAACGCCCAGAUCCACUUCUCCUUCUCUAAUCAGAUCUCCUCAUCCACCAAGAGGCAUUUUUCCAUCGACAGCACCACCGGGCUGAUCACUGUCAAGCAGCCCUUAGACCGGGAGGCCACUCCAGUCCACAAACUCAUUGUCCUUGCCAGCGAUGGCAGCUCCACCCCCUCCAGAGCUGCUGUUAUCGUCAACGUAACGGACAUUAAUGACAAUGUUCCGUCCAUAGACACUCGGUACAUAAUGAACCUUGUAAAUGGAACGGUUCUACUGUCGGAGAACGCACCUCUCAACACAAAAAUAGCCCUAAUUACAGUGACGGACAAGGACUCUGAUCUGAAUGGAAAAGUGACUUGUUAUACUGACCACGAUGUUCCUUUCAGGUUAAAGCCCGUCUUUAAUGACCAGUUCCUGCUGGAGACUGCGGCCCCCCUAGAUUACGAAACAACCAGGGAAUAUGCAAUUAAGAUAGUAGCGUCGGAUUCUGGGAAGCCUCCUUUGAACACUUCAGCGAUGGUUUUAAUUAAAAUUAAGGAUGAGAAUGACAACGCUCCCAUCUUCCCUCAGCCUGAGAUUCAGCUGUCCAUACCAGAAAACAAUGAUCCAUCCACGCAGCUCAUAAAGAUCAGUGCCAUGGAUGCAGACAGCGGACAUAAUGCAGAGAUUAUUUAUUCUCUUGGCCCUGACGCUCCUGAUGGGUUUAACAUAGAUCGACGGUCAGGUAUCCUCUCCGUUGGAAAACGCCUGGACAGAGAGAAGCAGGAGAAGUAUUCGUUCACUGUCAUGGCGAGGGACAAUGGGUCUACUUCCCUGCAGAGCAAUGUCACAGUGAGGUUAAUAGUGCAGGACCUCAACGACAACAGCCCAGCUUUCACCCAUCCUGAGUAUAACUUCUACGUGCCUGAGAACCUGCCUCUGUACGGGACCGUGGGUCUGAUCACCGUCACAGAUUCAGACGCAGGUGACAACUCCGUCAUAACACUGUCCAUCCUGAACGGGAAAGACAAUUUCAUUAUUGAUCCCCAGACCGGUGUGAUCAAACCCAACAUCACAUUUGAUAGAGAGCUGCAAAGCUCAUACACUUUUAUGGUGAAGGCUAUAGACGGAGGGCAACCACCCAGCACUUCAUACGCCAAGGUCACCAUAAACGUUGUGGAUGUCAAUGACAAUCGACCCGUUUUUGUUAUUCCCUCGUCCAACUACUCUUACGAUCUGGUCCAGUCUACCACCAGCCCUGGGUCUGUGGUCACCAGAGUGUUCGCUAUUGACAAUGACACUGGCAUGAAUGCUGAGCUGCAGUACAGUUUCAUUGGGGGAUCACCAAGAGGGCUGUUUGCCAUAGACAAAACAACUGGUAAUAUAACUCUGCAGGAGAAGAUAGUCUCAGCCGAUCAGGGUUUACACAGGCUAGUGGUGAAAGUCAAAGACCUGGGCCAGCCAGAGUCCUUACAUGCAAUCGCCCUCAUUCACCUCUUCAUUAACGAGACUGUAUCCAACGCUACGUUCAUUCUAGAGCAGCUACGUAAGAGCUUGGAGACUCCAUUGGACCGUAACGUGGGAGACAGUGAGGUCACACCCCAAGCCAACGGAUACGUGAUUGUUGUCAUCGCAAUUAUAGCUGGGACUAUGACAGUUAUCUUAGUCAUCUUCGUGACGGCAUUGGUGCGCUGCCGUCAGACGCCCAGGCACAAAGUGGUGCAGAAGGGCAAGCAGAGCGGCGAGUGGGUGUCGCCCAACCAGGAGAACCGUCAAAUCAAAAAGAAAAAGAAGAAAAAGAAGAGAUCCCCUAAGAGCCUCCUCUUGAACUUUGUCAGCAUAGAAGAAUCCAAGCCUGAUGAUCCCAGCCAGGAGCACAUUAAUGGAACCCUGGACCUGCCUGUGGAGCUAGAUGAGCAGACCAUGGGGAAAUAUAACUGGGCCACUACUCCGACCACCUUCAAACCUGACAGCCCAGACUUAGCCAAGCAUUACAAGUCUGCCUCCCCGCAGCCAACCUUCCAAAUCAAACCAGAGACCCCGAUGGCGCCCAAUAAACACCACGUGAUUCAGGAGCUCCCGCUAGACAACACGUUUGUGGUGGGCUGUGACUCGCACUCCAAGUGCUCCUCCACCAGCUCAGACCCGUACUCGGUCUCAGAGUGCAGCUGUCAGGGGGGAUUCAAGACUCCUGGGCAAAUCCACACCAGACAGGAGACGGCACUGAAACCACCCCUCUAUGACACACUCUGUGGCUCAGGUACAAGUCGCUGCCACAGGAUAAAAAUCAAUCUCUAGCUGCCAGUACCUAGAGAGAGAAAGAGAGAGGGAGAGAGAGAGAGAGAGAGAGGGAGGGAGGAAGGCACAGACGAAAAGGUGAAUCUCAUACUAUACAGUCUCUACAGUCUACAAAAACACCAACCAACAAAAAAAGGAAUAUGUUAAUUUCGUUUAUUUAAUUUUUUGUUUGCCGAUAAAGAAAAAAAGUAGAACUUGAAUAAUUUUCACAGAAAUUAAGACACAUUGUUGCCUGCCUGAAACUUGACAAAAACUCUCCUUGUGAAUCCUGUAGGAGGUUUGAAAUACAUUAUAGAAAGCCACCAUUUACAGUAUAUCUUAUUAUAUCUAUCUCCUAGACGAUGACUCACGAUAUAACCCACCCCCAUGUAUACAAAACAUACAGUACAAAUACAAUGAAUAUCUCUUCUGUACUUUAUUCUGUUUAUUUUGUUUAUAUUUUGUUUAUAUGUAUUUAUUUAUAUUUAUCACAGAGUUGACUGUUUAUAUUUAUUGAUUAUGUUUGACUAAAGUUUACAUACCUGGUGUCUGUUUUUAUGUUGUUGUUUUUUUCCUUGCUUUUUAAUCCAUUGAAUUUGGUAUUUUUGGGCUUGCUUGUGGAUAUACUGACUGGCUAUGUGUAAUGCUGCAAGCUAGACCUACUGCUAAUGGGCCUACUGCUAAUGGGCCUACUGCUAAUGGGCCUACUACUAAUGGGCCUACUGCUAAUGGGCCUACUGCUAAUGGAUCUACUACUAAUGGGUCUACUGCGGAUGGGUCUACUGCUAAUGGGCCUACUACUAAUGGGCCUACUACUAAUAGGUCUUCUGCUAAUGGGCCUACUGCUAAUGGGUCUACUGCUAAUGGGCCAGUUAGUAGGGAAGAGUG